AUGUCGGCACCGAAUGAUGAUGUGGAAAUGGAGAAGAUAGCAGAAGAGGAGCUGUCCAAGCUGCAAAGACAGUUUAGAGUGAUGGAGAUAGACCGAAGUAAUGUGAUGAGCAGCAUCAAGCCGACCCUCAGGGUGCAGAGGAACAUUAUACAAUCACUCAGCAGCGAACUGGAGAAGAUCGUGCUUCAGCUGAAGCUAACAAAAAGUGCGACGAACCUUCUAGAAAAUACUAGAAACCGCGAUAAGCUAUUCCAACUGAUGAGAGAACACGAGAAAUACUCCAGUGAGGUGAAGGCGUAUCGCUCUACCAUAGCGGAGCUGGACUUCCUCUUGAAACAAGUGCAGAAUGAGAGCAAAGGGUUGAGGAACAAAGGCACAGGCUUGGAAACGGCUUACGACACGCUCACCAACCAGACCAUCAGUAGUCAGCUAGAGAACCGCCUCAACACCGCCAUGACCAAGUUUAACUCAGUCAACACGGACAACUACAACAUGAGACUUGAAAUAGACCGGCUGCUGCGGGAACGCCAAUUCUUCAACACAGUUUGGAGGAACCAACUAAAGCGUUUGAUGGAGGGCAAGUCCAAGAUAUUGGAUUUGGUGGAGCAAGCUAUCAGCACGUAUGACCAGCGCGAGGAAUGGUGCGCCAAGCUUGAUGGCCUCAAGGAAAAGGCUGCUGUAGACUACAGGAAACAUUGCUUGGAAGUCCGAGAGCUGCAGCGGCAGUUGGAGCACAGGAUGAAGCUGGAAGAGUUUCUGCGCACGAAGGGCACGGUGCGCCUGACCGCCGCUGACGCCAGGGCUGAGGCUCGCAAACUGGAGCAGCAGGAAGACGAGAUGAGGACCUACACCAACUAUGUCAACAUACUCGACGCUGUUAAGGAGUACGCGGGGGAGAGUGACGUAGACAAGCUGAUCCUGGAGUUCACCCGGCGCGAGGAGGAGAACUACGCUCUCUUCAACUAUAUCAACGAAGUGAACUGCGAGCUCAAACAUCUGAGCGAUAACGUUAAGAUGUUAGCCGCUAACAUUGACGAGGAACGCCAGAAACACGAAGCAAAGAUGUUUAAACAACAAGAGAGCAUUGAGUGCUUGCGAACUUUGCUGGCGGAAAAACAGAAAGAGAGGGAGAAUCUUCGGGAGAGUCAUGAGAGAAGUGGGAAAGUGCUUAGCGGCCUGCUACAGCAAGUACAGACGUUGGCAAUGUCGUCACAAUGCGAGUCUCUGCCUCUCCUGAGACUGCUCGGGAAGUCACUGGACAUAAACAAAACUAACGCAACACUCUAUAUAAAGAGUCUGGAAAAGAAGAUCGUUGAAAUGAACGAGAUUAUUAAGAUUGAUGAGAAAUGCAACGAAAGCAAGGAACGUACCCCACCCCCCACUCGCCGCAGACGACACAAGCCGCAACAAUCUCCGCGGCCGCCACGACACACUGCCGUCCUUGCUUAAGAGUUUUUUUUUUACAUAAUAAGGAGGAUAUAUAAUUAGGAAAUCGAAAGAUGUAAUCGAAGUUAGAAUAAAUUGUAUCCAAUUUAGUGUGAUUGCAAUUGAAUGUGUAAACGAUUGUCAACUAAAUCGUUUUGCAAACGUUCGUCAGCUUUGCAAACAGGCGUCUUUAUAAACGUGACAACUUUACCAGCGGCGGCAGUUCCCGAUGAAAGAGGUUUUGAUGCGUUUGAUAGAAAUGUACAGGAUUACAAAAUGUGGGUACAAUAAACACUCAAUAAAUCUUCUGGUUCGAAAA